GGGAAAACUGGAUGUCACAAGUGGAGGAAACUCACGACUCGCUGCUCCGAUUCCUUAUCCAUCCAUUUAUCUUAAGAGGCUCUCUCUCUGUUCCUUUGCACCAUCAACAUGAGUGCUGCAUUCUCCCACCCCUUCGUAGACCAGCGGCCCACCUACCUAAACAGAGGCAGCAGCCUGCCUUAUAGUCUGUCUCCCUCUAAUGGCCACUAUGAGAACCGCCCCAACACCCACACCCACUCCCACCGCCUCCACUCUGGCUCUGACCCUCUGGCCCAUACAGUGCCCUUCCUCCUUUACCCAACCACAAUGGACCCUGGAGGCCUAUAUGAAGCCUCGUUCCGGGGCCCUGGAGGCCCCAAUCUCCUCCCCUACCUGUCCCCAUUCCACCACGGGCACUUUGGGGUGUACGAGUGCCCCUUCGAGCCGGCGUUCAUCCAGAAGCGUAACGAGCGGGAGCGUCAGAGGGUGAAGUGUGUGAACCAGGGCUAUGCCAAGCUGAGGGACCACCUGCCAGGGGGUGCCAGUGAGAAGAGGCUCAGUAAAGUGGAGACACUGAGGGCAGCAAUUAAUUAUAUUAAAUACCUGCAGGGGCUGGUGGACGGGCAGGGGAAUGGGAGAGAGGUGUAUGAGGGGGGACAGGUGUGCCACAGCCCCAGUUCUGUCCACUGUAGGACGGAAGACUCGGACCACAGCAAUGGGGGGUCACCUCGCUCUCUCUCAGACUCCUCCUCUUCCUCUGCGGGGAUAGACUGUGAGGAGUCAGAGGGCUCUGCGACCUAG